AUGGUGGUGAGUACCCAGGAGCCUACUCAUCUGCCGCAACUUGCGGUAAAUGAGACAAAGAAGCCUCAGGUACAGCCUUGGGUGCAUCUACUCGCCGGCAUGGUGACGGCCACCAUUACUUCUCCUCUUGACGUCUUAAGAACUCGACUUCAGUCAGAUCUAUAUUCCUCUCCUUCCACUAGCCUACGCGACUCGAGAUCUGGGCUUCGUUCGUUUAAAACCCCCCUUCAUCAUGUUUAUGACACGUUCCGUACCAUGGGCACAAUUAGGGGCCGCGAGGGUUGGCAUGGCUUGUUCCGCGGCCUUGGGCCAAGCCUAGCCGGCGUUGUCCCUGCAACCGCCGUGAAGUUCUAUGUCUACGGCAACUGCAAACAGCUCGGUGUUCGGUAUCUAGGCUUUGGGCCUGACGAACCCAUUGUACAUGCAUUGGGAGCUGUCGCCGCAGGCCUAGCAACUGCAACGGUAACGAACCCAAUUUGGCUCGUGAAGACGAGAUUGCAACUUGAUAUGGCUCAAUCACACGAAGGUUCUUUAAUGCGUCGAUAUAGGGGCAGCUUGGAUUGCAUACGGCAAGUCGUUCGGUCUGAAGGCAUACAAGGGCUCUACCGAGGGCUGACGGCCAGCUACUUGGGCACAGCUGAAACGGUCAUUCAUCUUGUGAUAUAUGAGCGGCUUAAAACAGUCUUCCAUAAAUCGCUGGCCAGGAUCAGAACUACAGAUGCACCGGCCCUCGGCGAAGUAGCCAGCUGGGCCAGUACAAGUGGCGCCGCCGGAUGUGCUAAAGUAGCCGCUGUUCUAGUGACGUAUCCUCACGAAGUAUUGCGUUGUAAGAACGCGAUUGCGUCAAGCACCGGUAGAGAACGGACAGCAAGCAUAUUCUGGUCUCCUGCAGUGUUUUCGAAUAAUAUGGCAGACAGAGGGCUGGCGUGGAUUUUACGGCGGUCUGACACCACAUCUUGUACGCUCUGUUCCGUCGGCAGUAAUCACACUUGGGGUGUAUGA